AAAUAUUAAUUUGUUAGCAAGUUUCAAUUAAUUGAUUAUUUUUCUUAGUAAAUAGAAUAGUUAUGCAAUUUAUUAUUUAAGAUAAAAGUAAAUUAUAUUUUAGUUAAUUUUAAUCGCAAUCAAUUUUGUUAUAUUCUAGUAAUACUUACAAUAAAUAUUAUUGAUAUUUUUAUUACCAAAAUCUGAGUAUUUGAGUUUGCAUACUAAACAUUUCACAAUGCAGUCUGAUCAAAAAAUUAAAGAUAGAUUGCUAGAUGAGUUUAAAGAAAUUGAAAGCAAAAAUAUGUGGAAUACAACAUUUAGAUUUGUAGAAACGGAGAGCUUAAAAAUUAGAAAAACCUCAGAUGAAGCAAAGAAAGUUCCAAAUAAAAUCUUAAAUAGAUAUCAAGAUGUUUCUCCUUACGAUGAUACUAUUAUAUCUCUUAAAAAAGGCAAUGUUUCAUACAUUAAUGCAAAUCUCCUUCAAGUUUGUGAUUGUGAUAGAAAAUAUAUACUUACACAAGGUCCAUUAGAAAAUACAACUUCUCAUUUUUGGCUUAUGGUGUGGGAACAAAAUUCAAAAGCUAUAAUAAUGUUAAAUAAAGUUAUAGAAAAGAAAAAGCUAAAAUGCCACCAAUAUUGGCCAAAAAAGAAAAAAGAAAAUUAUAAAUUUAUUUGGAAUGAUAUUGGUUUAUCUGUAGAAUUCAUAACAAAAAUAAAUCAUGGAUUUUAUAUCCAAAGUAUUUUGAAACUUAAUGACUUGGAGUCAGGAGAUUUUAGAGAAAUAUUACACUUUCAUUAUACUGAUUGGCCAGAUUUUGGUGUACCUAAAACACCUACACCUUUUUUGCGUUUUUUGAGAGAUAUUAGGCGUAGUGGUGCUCUUGAAACAUCUUAUGGACCAACUGUUGUUCACUGUUCUGCUGGAAUUGGUCGUUCAGGAACGUUUUGUUUGAUAGACAUUUGNCGUUCAGGAACGUUUUGUUUGAUAGACAUUUGUCUUGUACAGAUGAAAACACUUGAUGGUCUUAAAUAUGUACAUAUACGAUCAUUAUUGGUAGAAAUGAGAAAAUGUCGAAUGGGACUAGUGCAAGCCCCUGAACAAUUACGGUUUGGUUAUCAAAGCAUAAUUGAAGCUCUUGAUACUAAUUGGGAUGCUGAUAAUGAGGAUGAGCUACCUAGUUUAGAUGGUGUAUUAUUAGCUAAUGAUAAUGGGUCUGGUAAUGAAAGUAGUGAUAGUGAAUUAAGCAAUGAAGCACCUCCACUUCCUCCACCACGUACAGAAUCACUAAAUAAAGCUCAUGAAAAUGAUUCUGAUGAUGAAGAAUCAUUAGUUUCUGAAUCAGAAAGUGAUGAUACUGAAUCAACUCCACCACCUUUACCUCCUCCUAGAGAACUUGAUCUAUCAAAAAACAAUAAAUGUAACAAAUUGAAUUGUACCAAUGAUGAUAGCAAAUUAAAAGUUGAUGGAGAUGCAGAAAAAACCAGAGCGCUAGCAGAAAAAUUAAAGCUUAUGAAAAGGAAACAAAAAGAGCAAGAAUAUUGGGAAAAAAUCAAAAGGUCUUGGCUUAAACCAUUGAAAAGUUUAGGACUUGGAGUUCUAGCUCUGAGUGGUGGUGUUAUGAUCGUAGCUUAUUUUAUAAAUUAUAAAAAGUAGCAUAUUUUUAUCAAUGAAAAUUUUAACUUUGGUUAACAAUUUGUAAGGAUUAUAUCUAAUAUUAAAAUUAUUAAUAUAUUUGAAUAAAAUAAUAUUUAAAUGGUAACAAUCCUAUUUAGUUUAUUAAAAAAAUAUAUAUAUUCAUUGAUAAAUUUUAAGUACUAUUAUUUAGAUAAU